GAAUCAGCAGCAUUGAAACAACAGCGUAGAAACACCUUGUCUGAUUCCCUCAUCCUGGCUCCUAUCUGUCAAUUUACCGGCCCCUGUAAUACCCCAAAUCCCACGCUGAAAUGGAGGAAACGAGCCACCUCGUCUCCCCUCUCCAGGACUCCAUAGAUUACAAUUACUGCCAGAGCGAAGCCACCAGUCCAAGAACGCCGGGUUCUGUGGUGCGAGUGUCGGCUGGGAGCCCCGGACGCAGCCGGGAGAGACAGACGCUUUUGGUCCGGGACAGAGGGAACUCUCCGCGGGAUCCACACAGGAAUGAGUUUCCGGACGACCCGGAGUUUCGGGAGAUCAUGAGGAAAGCAGAACAAGCCAUAGAAGAAGAUAUCUUUCCAGAGAGGAUCUGCCAAGGAUCUAGUGGUAGCUACUUCGUGAAAGACUCUCAAGGGGUGAGACCGACUAGCUUCGUCCCGCAACUAGCCUUUUAAAUGAGCAUUUAUGUUAAACAUUUUGACUUUGACUUUUAAUGUAACAUAUCAUAUCUGUAACAUUAAAACAUUAAGACUGACAAGCUUCUAACUAGGACUGUUGGUCUGAUGGAUGGAUGGACGGACAGACAGACAGAGGCAGGGAGGGAGACAGAUGGGGAGAGGAUGCAAUCUGUCAUUUUUUUAAACGCCCUUUGUUUUUUUAUCAAGUAAGCCAUAUAACUCAGUCUUAUGCAGCAGAAUCAUCACAUGAUUUUGCUUACACUGUCUGUCUGCUCUGGCAACCUGCUGUUGCUGAUUCUAGCUCUGACAGUGUAGUGGUCAUCAUGUUCUGUAUUGACUUCCACCAGCUGCAGUAUCUCUCUGCAGUGUUGCUUUUUGGGUGAUGUGGCAGUUGAGGUAAGCAAUUUACACAGCCAUAGUAGACCAUGCUGUAUAGUUGAUAUGGUAUGUAGUUUAACCAUGCCAGGCUGGGGCUGUGGCCAGGCAUCAUCUCAGAGCCCAUGGUCAUUGGCACAGUGGCAGUCAGGGUGGGAAAAACCUCUGUGGGCUGCCAGCCUCACGAUGGUAUGACGCGGUGGUGUGACGCAUGGAAUAGAAAGAAGUUGCCCCCAGACGUUGAUCUAAGGAUAAGGACAUUGUAAGAUCCUAGACAUGCCUUGGGGCAACUUCUAUUAACACCAGUGUGGUGCACAGUGCACACAGGCCCAAUCUUUCAAAGAGAUUAGCUGUCACUAUCAGUUCUCAGGCCUAAGCAAAUAUACUGCUGUCCCUGUAGAGAAAAGGUUGAGACACUGUCAUACAGGAGGCCUAUUAUAUAGGGCAGGCUGGGAGAGAGUAUUAUGCUUUGUUCACAUGUUAAUGCGAUCUGCCGUAGACCAGCCGAGGAGUCUUUUUUUUAACCCAUAGAAAAUCUAUUUACUCUGUGAGUGUGAGUACCCUGUAGGCUGCUGUCUGUUACGAUGUCGUAACCUAGGAGAAGUAAUGUGCUAGCAAUCUGAAUGGCUAAAGGUAGAGCUCUCCAUUUUCUCUCCAGAGGUAGGCCUAGUAAUCAGCAUCCUCAUGCUCUCUGAAGAGGAUGAGAAGAUUUCUGUUACUCUUCUAUGGACCAGUGAGCUAUUACAUGCAACAGAUAUAACCUUACAGGGUUGCAUAGGCUGUGUUUUAGGGUGUCUUUACUGUAGUCGUGCUGUGCAUAUGUAGCAGAGGUGAGUCAGACUCACAAUUUCAUGAUGAGGUAGCCCUCCCUGCUUGCAACUUUACAAAUCUGUGUCACCCUUGGCCCAAGAGGGAAUUGUGUCUUGGUCUAAUGGUUAAGGCGUUGGUUUCUCAGUCAAGCGGGAGACCAGGGUUCAGAUCCCACUCAUGGCACAUACACUACAUGACCAAAAGUAUGUGGACACCUGCUCGUCGAACAUCUCAUUCCAAAAUCAUGGGCAGUAAUAUGGAGUUGUUCCCCCCCUUUGCUGCUAUAACAGCCUCCACUAUUCUGGGAAGGCUUUACACUAGAUGUUGGAACAUUUCUGCAGGGACUUGCUUCCAUUCAGCCACAAGAGCAUUAGUGAGGUCGGGAACUGAUGAUGGGCGAUUAGGCCUGGCUCGCAGGCGGCGUUCCAAUUCAUCCCAAAGGUGUUCGAUGGGGUUGAGGUCCGGGCUCUGUGCAGGCCAGUCAAGUUCUUCCACACCGAUCUCGACAAACCAUUUCUGUUGCCACAAAGUUGGAAGCACAGAAUCGUUUAGAAUGUCAUUGUAUGCUGUAGCGUUAAGAUGUCCCUUCACUGGAACUAAAGGGGCCUGAACCAUGAAAAACAGGCGCAGACCAUUAUUCCUCCUGCGCCAAACUUUACAGUUGGCACUAUGCAUUUGGGUAGGUAGCGUUCUCCUGGCAUCCGCCAAACUCAGAUUUGUCUAUCGGACUGCCAGAUGGUGAUUCAUCACUCCAGAGAACACGUUUCCACUGCUCCAGAGUCCAAUGGCGGCGAGCUUUACACCACUCCAGCCGACGCUUGGCAUUGUGCAUGGUGAUCUUAGGCUUGUGUGCGACUGCUCGGCCAUGGAAACCCAUUUCAUGAAGCUGCCGACAAACAGUUAUUGUGCUGACGUUGCUUCCAGAGGCAGUUUGGAACUCGGUAGUGAGUGUUGCAACCAAGGACAGACCAUUUUUACGCGCUUCAGCACUCGGCGGUUCUGUUCUGUGUGCUAAGCCAUAUCAAUUUGGUUCCAGAUAUGUUAAACACUUUUCCAGGUGUUGUGAGAUCUGAUCAUCUGGCACAGCCAGCGAGACUGCAUUAAAGACGACCUGGAACGUGCCCAUAGACUACAAAGCUAGCCUCAGUCUCUGUGCUUAGCCUUCUGUGUGGCUCCCUCCACAGUCGAUCAUGUGAGGAAACUGAAGUUAAUCCGAUUUACUUUAAUGGGUUGCGAAACCAUUCCAAUUCCAACUCGUUAGCCCCAGCCUGCAGGUUCUGUUGCACCAUGAAUCACCCUCUUUGAUGGCAAAUGUUGUGUUAUGUCACUUCCUCUGACAUUACCACUCCCUUUCUCUUGCUAUGGGUAAAGAAUGUUAGAGUGUAACAAGUACCAAUAAUAAUCCCCCCUCUCUCUCUCUCUGUCUGUCUGUCUGUCUGUCUGUCUGUCUGUCUGUCUGUCUCUCUGUGUAGAACGUAAUCGGUGUGUUCAAGCCUAAGAACGAGGAGCCGUAUGGUCAGCUGAACCCAAAGUGGACCAAGUGGCUCCAAAAGCUGUGUUGUCCCUGUUGCUUCGGACGGGACUGUCUGGUCCUGAACCAGGGUUAUCUGUCUGAGGCCGGGGCCAGUCUGGUGGACCAGAAACUACAGCUCAAUAUCGUGCCCCGGACCAAGGUGUGGGGAGGGGGGGGGGGGGCUUACAGGCACACACACACACAGGGUAUGAACAAUAAAUUAUCUUUAUCUCCCCCCCUCUCUCUCUCUCCCGCUCUCUCUCUCUUUUUCUCCCCCCUCCUUCUCUCUCUCUCCUUUCUUUUCCCUCCUCUUCUAUAGGUGGUGUCCCUGGCCAGUGAUGCAUUUAACUACAAUGCUAUAGACAGAGUCAAGUCUCGGGGAAAGAAGCUAGCUCUGGAGAAAGUUCCCAAAGUGGGACAGCGCUUCCACAGAAUAGGCCUCCCUCCUAAGGUAGGUUCAACUGCUGCUUGCGGUUCAGAACCUACAACUGGGCAGUGCUCAUUAGGCAUGAAAGCAAUCCAAAACAGCUUGAAACAGUAAGGUAUUACCUGAACAUGUUCAAUGAGAUACACUGGUUCACCAGGCAUGAAAUGGAAGAAAACAGUCCAGAACAGAUUGAAACAGUGAAGCACUAUCUGAACUUGUCCAAUAAGAAACACUCAUUUAGUUUUAGAACUUUUAGAAAUGUUUUGCUACAGUGUGCUUUAAUGAACACAACCCUGUUGUUAUGGUGCUUUCUGUCUCUGCUUUAGCCAACAUUUCAUGCGUCAUACAUGCCUCAUGUAGCGUUGUUGACUAAUUCAACCAAUCAAGGGCUUGAGGAGCAGUUGAUGAGUUGAAUCAGGUGUGUUAGUGCUGGGCUAGAACAAAAGCCUGCCUUAUAUUUUGGGUUCUGAUGGGGUAUAACAGUUGAACUAAGCCCUUGAGGCAUUCAUAAGUUAUAUUCUUCAAGAAUCAAUGAGGAUGUCAUUCAUUUAUAAGUCCAAAAAAUGGAUGUAGCAACAGCAGAUAGCCCCUUUAAAGCCUGCAGGUAUAAUCAUUUAGAACUUCCUAUAAGCAUGUAUGAGCCUUUAUAAUGUCUUAUAAUAAGGCUUAUACAUAAUCCAUUUUCCGCAUGGCUCAGGUGGGAUCAUUCCAGUUGUUUGUGGAGGGCUACAAAGACGCAGACUAUUGGCUAAAGCGGUUUGAGGCGGAGCCUCUUCCAGAGAACACCAAUCGGCAACUGCAGCUUCAGUUCGAGAGACUGGUGGUCCUCGAUUAUAUAAUCAGGAACACAGGUGUGUGUGUGUGCAUGCGUGUGCGAGAAACGGAGAAACUAGUGGUUCUGUAUUUCAUUGUCAGGAACACAGGUGUGUGUGUGUGAUGGGGAAGAUAAAUAACUGAAUUAGAUUUAUUGUAACUUAAUGUGGUGAUGUUGAUGCUUGCAGAUCGGGGGAAUGACAACUGGCUGUUAAAAUACGACUGUCCAAUGGACACAGAAAGGAACCAGGUGAGUAGACUUACAAAAUACAAUUCAAACCGAAGAGAUUUCAACUUGCAGCAUUAGUUUUAUAGGAGUUUUUAAAGAAAGUGUGAAACUGGAAUGUCACAUUCUUAUUUUCUCUCUGUCUGUCCCUCUUUGUGUCUGUGUGUGUGUGUGUGUGUUUGUGUAGGACACAGACUGGCUGGUGGUAAAGGAGCCUAUCAUCAGACUGGCAGCCAUAGACAACGGCCUUGCCUUCCCAAUCAAACACCCCGACUCCUGGAGAGCCUGUGAGUCUCUCUCUCUCUCACUCACUCACACUCUCUCACUCACUCACUCACUCAUUCAUUCAUUCACUCUCUCUCUCUCUCUCUCACACUCACUCACUCACUCACUCACUCACACACACACACACACACACACACACACACACACACAUAUAUAUAUAUAUAUAUAUAUAUAUAUAUAUAUAUAUAUAAAGAGAGAUAAACACACAUUACUUUAUUCCUCCUCUCUGUAGAUCCAUUCUACUGGGCGUGGCUAUCUCAGGCCAAGGUUUCUUUCUCUCAGGAGAUUAGGGACCUGGUUCUGCCCAAACUGACCAACCCCAACUUCAUCAAAGACCUGGAGGAAGACCUCUACGAACUCUUUAAGGUUAGCAGAGGGUUUAAUUUGUCUGGCCCCAUAUCUGUUUUUGUAUUUCUGCCAACACUUAUGGAACUCACAAACUUAUCUGGGACCAAGGUUUUCAUGGCCUUGAUGUCACAACAAAGUUCUACUCUACUCCUGUUCUAUUAUACUCUACUCCUGUUCUACUCUACUCUACUCCUGUUCUACUGUACUCCUGUUCCAUUCUACUCUACUCCUGUUCUAUUCUCUUCUACUCUACUCCUGUUCUAUUCUACUGUACUCCUGUUCCAUUCUACUCCUGUUCUAUUCUCUUCUACUCCUGUUCUAUUCUACUCUACUCUACUCCUGUUCUAUUCUACUCUACUCCUGUUCUAUUCUACUCUACUCCUGUUCUAUUCUACUCUACUCCUGUUCUAUUCUACUCCUGUUCUAUUCUACUCUACUCCUGUUCUAUUCUACUCUACUCCUGUUCUACUCGACUCUACUCCUGUUCUAUUCUACUCUACUCCUGUUCUAUUCUACUCUACUCCUGUCUAUUCAUCUACUCUACUCCGUGUUUUAUCUCUACUUCUACUCCUGUUUCUAUUCUACCUACUCCUGUUCUAUUCCUCUCUACUCCUGUUCUACUCUCUACUCCUGUUCUAUUCUAACUCUACUCCUGUUCUAUUCUACUCUACUCUCCUGUUCUACUCUACUCUACUCCUGUUUCUAUUCUACAACUACCCGGUUCUACUCUACUCUACUCUCGUUCUAUUCUACUCUACUACCUGUUCUACUCUAACUCUACUCCUGUUCUAUUCUACCUUCUACAUACUCCUGUUCUAUUCUAUUCCUGUUCUAAUUCUACUCUACUCCUUUCUAUCUAUUCCUGUUCUACUCUACUCUACUCCUGUUCUAUUCUCCUCCUCCUGUUCUACUCUACUACUUUCUCGUGUUUCUAUACCCGUUCUACUCUACUCUACUUCCUGUUCUAUUCUACUCUUUUAUUCUACUCUAUUCCUUUACUCAUUCUACGUCGUUCUGUUACUCUAUACUUCCGCUGUUCUAUUCUCUACUCUAUACUCCUGUUCUAUUCUACUCUACUCCUGUCUAUUCUCCUGUUUUCUACCCGUUCUAUUCUAUCUCCACUCCUGUUCUAUUCCUACUCUACUCCACUCCUUUCUACUCGACUCUAACUCCUGUUCUACUCUACUCUACUCCUGUUCUAUUCUACUCUACCCCGGUUCUACUCUACUAUACUUACAUUUACAUAUAUUUACAUUUACAUUUUAGUCAUUUAGCAGACGCUCUUAUCCAGAGCGACUUACAGUUAGUGAAUACAUAUAUAUUUAUUUAUUUAUUUUAUUUUAUUUUUUUUAUUUUUUAUUUUUUUAUACUGGCCCCCCGUGGGAAACGAACCCACAACCCUGGCGUUGCAAACGCCAUGCUCUAUCAACUGAGCUACAUCCCUGCCGGCCAUUCCCUCCCCUACCCUGGACGACGCUGGGCCAAUUGUGCGCCGCCCAUGAGUCUCCCGGUCGCGGCCGGCUGCGACAGAGCCUGGAUUCGAACCAGGAUCUCUAGUGGCACAGUUAGCACUGCGAUGCAGUGCCUUAGACCACUGCGCCACUCAGGAGACGCCACUAUACUCUACUCCUGUUCUAUUCUACUCUACUCCUGUUCUACUCUACUGUCAGAAGGCGACAGUGAAAUGCGGUAGGCGAAGUCACACGCAGGACACAGAGCUUACUGGAAACCGUAUUUUAAUCGAAAGUAACCAGUGAAAAAACUAUCUCCAAACAUCGGAGGAAACAAACAACCCGCACACGAACACUGCCGAUGACGCAAACAAUAACACACAACACACAAUGCAUGACAGAGGGUUAAAUAGGGAAUACAAUACAACAUAAUGGGGAACAGGUGUGCACAAUCAGGACACAACAAGUCAAACACCGAAACAUAGAUCGGGGGCAGCUAGUACUCCGGGGACGACGAAGGCCGAAGCCUGCCUGAGCAGGGAGGAGGAGCAGCCUCGGCUGAUUCCGUGACAGAAUCCCCCCCUUGAUGCGCGGCUCCAGCCGUGCGCCAACCCCGGCCUCGGGGACGGCCAGGAGGACGCGGAGCAGGACGAGUCGGAUGACUCCGGUGGCAGUCCCUCAACAUGGAGGGAUCUAGAAUGUCCCUCCUGGGGACCCAGCACCGUUCCUCCGGACCGUACCCCUCCCACUCCACGAGAUACUGCAGGCCCCCCGUCCGACGCCUCGAAUUCAAGAUGGACCGGACUGAGUACGCCGGAGCCCCCUCGAUGUCCAACGGGGGCGGAGGAGCCUCUCGUACCUCAUUCUCCUGGAGUGGACUAGCCACCACCGGCCUGAGGAGAGACACAUGGAACGAGGGGUUAAUGCGAUAAUACCUGGGCAGUUGUAACCUAUAACAUACCUCGUUCAAUCUCCUCAGGACUUUAAAGGGCCCCACAAACCGCGACCCAGCUUCCGGCAGGGCAGGCGAAGGGGCAGGUUUCAGGUCGAGAGCCAGACCCGGUCUCCUGGUGCAUACACCGGAGCCUCACUGCGGUGGCGAUCGCCGCUUGCCUUUUGCCGCCUGAUGGCAUGCUGCAGAUGGACAUGCGCAGCAUUCCAAGUUUCCUCCGAGCGCCGAAACCACUCGUCCACCGCAGGGGCUUCCAUCUGGCUCUGAUGCCAAGGUGCCAGAACCGGCUGGUAACCUAACACACACUGGAAAGGCGUCAGGUUAGUGGACAAAUGGCGGAGGGAGUUUUGGGCUAUCUCUGCCCAGGGAAUAUAUCCCGACCACUCCCCUUGCCGGUCCUGGCAAUAUGACCUCAGAAACCUACCCACAUCCUGGUUAACUCUCUCCACCUGCCCAUUACUUUCGGGGUGAAAACCUGUGGUAAGGCUAAUCGAGACCCCCAGACGUUCCAUAAAUGCCCUCCAGACUCUAGAGGUGAAGUGGGGACCCCGAUCAGACACUAUAUCCUCAGGUACCCCAUAGUGCCGGAAGACGUGUGUAAACAGGGCCUCAGCAGUUUGUAGGGCAGUAGGGAGACCUGGCAGGGGAAUGAGACGGCAGGCUUUAGAAAACCGAUCCACAACGACCAAUAUCGUAGUGUUCCCCAGGGAGGGGGGAAGGUCCGUAACAAAAAAUCCACCGAUAGGUGAGACCACGGCCAUUGUGGAACGGGUAGGGGUUGUAACUUCCCCCUGGGCAGGUGUCUAGGUGCCUUACACUGGGCGCACACCGAGCAGGAGGAAACAUAAACCCUCACGUCCUUGGCCAAGGUUGGCCACCAGUACUUCUCACUAAGGCAGUGCACUGUCCGACCAAUACCCGGAUGACCAGAGGAGGGUGACGUGUGAGCCCAGUAUAUCAACCGGUCGUGAACCUCGAGCGGCACGUACCUCCGACCCUCUGGACACUGUGGAGGAGUAGGGUCGGAACGUAACGCCCGCUCGAUUUCCGCAUCCACCUCCCACACCACCGGUGCCACUAAACAAGACUCCGGGAGUAUGGGAGUGGGCUCAAUGGACCUCUCCUCUGUGUCAUAUAGUCGGGACAGGGCGUCUGCCUUAGCGUUCUGGGACCCUGGUAUAUAGGUGAGCUUAAAUACAAAGCGGGAAAGAAACAUUGACCACCUUGCCUGGCGAGGAUUCAGCCUCCUCGCUGCCCGGAUGUACUCCAGGUUACGAUGGUCAGUCAGAAUGAGAAAAGGGUGUUUAGCCCCCUCAAGCCAAUGUCUCCACACCUUCAGGGCCUGAACCACAGCCAGCAGCUCCCUAUCCCCCACGUCAUAAUUGCGCUCCGCCGGACUGAGCUUCUUAGAAUAGAAAGCACAGGGGCGGAGUUUAGGUGGCAUACCCAAGCGCUGAGACAGCACAGCGCCGAUCCCAGCCUCGGAAGCGUCCACCUCCACCUGGAAUGCCAAAGAGGGAUCCGGAUGCGCCAGCACCGGAGCCGAGGUAAACAGGUCCUUCAGGCGUUUAAACGCCCUGUCCGCCUCAGCUGACCACUGCUGACCCUUUAGCAGAGAGGUAAUGGGAGCUGCUACCUGUCCAAAGCCCCGGAUAAACCUCCGGUAGUAAUUGGCAAAACCCAAGAAGCGCUGCACCUCCUUUACCGUGGUCGGAGUCUGCCAAUUACGCACGGCAGAAACGCGGUCAAUCUCCAUCUCUACCCCUGACGCGGACAACCGAUGUCCCAGGAAGGAGAUGGACUCCUGGAAGAACAGACAUUUCUCCGCCUUCGCAUACAGGUCAUGCUCCAACAGUCUACCAAGCACUCGACGCACCAGGGACACAUGCUCGGCUCGUGUAGCGGAAUAUAUUAGGAUGUCAUCAAUAUAUACCACAACACCCUGUCCAUGCAAGUCCCGAAAAAUCUCGUCCACAAAUGAUUGGAAGACUGAAGGAGCAUUCAUUAACCCAUAUGGCAUGACGAGAUACUCAUAGUGGACCGAGGUGGUACUGAAUGCUGUCUUCCACUCAUCUCCCUCCCUAAUGCACACCAGGUUGUACACGCUCCUGAGAUCUAAUUUUGUGAAGAAUCGCGCCCCGUGUAAUGACUCCGUCAUACUAGCAAUCAGAGGGAGAGGAUAGCUGUAUUUGAUGGUGAUCUGAUUUAGACCACGGUAAUCAAUACACGGGCGUAGACCCCCAUCCUUCUUCUUCACAAAAAAGAAACUAGAGGAAGCAGGGGAAGUAGACGGCCGUAUGUAACCCUGUCUCAAAGAUUCGGUGACGUAGGUCUCCAUAGCGGCCAUCUCCUCCUGAGAUAGAGGAUACACGUGACUACGUGGAAGCGCAGCGCCUACCUGGAGGUCUAUCGCACAAUCCCCCUGUCGAUGAGGUGGUAAUUGAGUCGCCUUCUUCUUACUGAAGGUGAGAGCCAAAUCGGCAUACUCAGGUGGAAUAUGCAAGGUGGGAACUUGGUUCGGGCUUUCCACCGUCGUUGCCCCUACGGAAACGCCUACACACCGCACAGUACACUGAUCAGACCAUCCCUGGAGAGCUCUCUGAUGCCAUGAAAUGUUGGGGUCAUGAGCUGUUAACCGGGGAAGCCCCAACACCACGGGAAACGCAGGAGAAUCAAUCAAAUACAAACGUACUAUCUCCUCAUGACCCUCCUGCAUUUUCAUCCGGAGUGGUGCCGUGACCUCCCUAAUCAACCCAGAACCCAACGGGUGGCUAUCUAGGGCAUGAAUGGGUAGGGCACAUCAACAGGCACGAUAGGAAUCCCUAACUUAUAGGUGAGCUGGCGAUCAAUGAAAUUCCCAGCUGCGCCUGAAUCUACUAGUGCCUUAUGCUGGGAGUGAGGAGAAACCCAGGGAAACACCACUUUAAUACACAUAUGAUCAGCAGAGAGCUCUGGGUGAGUUGGGUGCCUACUCACCUGGAAUGACUCAUCAGUGUGUCGCCCACUGCCUCGAUUCCUAGGAGACCCUCCCCAGCACCGACCAGCAGUGUGUCCUCUGCGGCCACAGUUGGUGCAGGGGACGGCCUCCCUCCUGGUCUCCCUCCUGGUCUCCCUAGCACCAGCACCCCCGAGCUCCAUAGGGGUCGGCUCGGAAGUGCUGGGGGAUGGAAUGGACGGCCCCGAAUCCGGACGUCCGCGGGUAGCCAACAGGGUAUCCAGGCGAAUCGACAUGUCCACCAGUUGGUCAAAGCUGAGGUUCGUGUCCCUGCAGGCUAACUCCCGACGCACGUCCUCCCUCAGGCUGCAUCUGUAUUGGUCGAUGAGGGCCCUCUCAUUCCAUCCCGUGUUGGCGGCUAGCGUCCAGAAGUCCAGCGCGAACUCCUGCGCGCUCCUCCUCUCCUGUCUAAGGUGGAAUAGACGCUCACCCGCCGCUUUACCCUCUGGGGGAUGAUCAAAUACUGCCCGGAAGCGGCGGGUGAACUCCGCAUAGCUGACCGUAGCGGCGUCUAUCCCACCCCAUUCGGCGUUGGCCCACUCCAGCGCCUUGCCGGACAGACAGGAGAUGAGGGCGGACACGCUCUCGUAUCCCGAGGGCGCCGGGUGAAUGGUUGCUAGGUAGAGUUCAACCUGGAGUAGGAAACCCUGACACCCGGCCGCGGUGCCAUCAUAAGCCCUCGGGAGCGAGAGCCGAAUCCCACUGGACUCCGGAGAUGGACCGAAGGGUAUGGCUGAUGGUGGUGGUAUCGUAGGAGGAGGUGUGGGCAAACCUCCACUCUCCCAUCACCUCAAAGUGUCCAUCACCUCUUGCAUGGUGGUGCCCAGGUGCUGGAUCCUGGCCUCUUGGUGGAUUACGCGCUCCUCCAGUGAUCCCCUUGGCACAACCGAUCCUGCUGACUCCAUGAUGGUGUGUUAUUCUGUCAGAAGGCGACAGUGAAAUGCGGUAGGCGAAGUCACACGCAGGACACAGAGUUUACUGGAAACCGUAUUUUAAACGAAAGUAACCAGUGAAAAAACAAUCUCCAAACAUCGGAGGAAACAAACAACCCGCACACGAACACUGCCGAUGACGCAAACAAUAACACACAACACACAAUGCACGACAGAGGGUUAAAUAGGGAAUACAAUACAACAUAAUGGGGAACAGGUGUACACAAUCAGGACACAACAAGUCAAACACCGAAACAUAGAUCGGUGGCAGCUAGUACUCCGGGGACGACGAACGCCGAAGCCUGCCCGAGCAGGGAGGAGGAGCAGCCUCAUCUGAUUCCGUGACAUCUACUCUACUCCUGUUCUAUUCUAUUCUACUCUACUCCUGUUCUAUUCUAUUCUACUCCUGUUCUACUCUACUCUACUCCAGUUCUACUCUACUCUACUCCUGUUCUAUUCUACUCUACUCCUGUUCUAUUCUACUCUACUCCUAUUCAACUCUACUCCUGUUAUAUUCUACUCUACUCCUGUUCUAUUCUACUCUACUCCUGUUCUAUUAUACUCUACUCCUGUUUUAUUAUACUCUACUCCUGUUCUAUUCUACUCCUGUUAUAUUCUUCUCUACUCCUGUUCUAUUCUACUCUACUCCUGUUCUACUCUUCUCUACUCCUGUUCUUUUCUAUUCCUUUUAUAUUAUACACUUUUCCUGUUCUAUUCUACUCUACUCCUGUUCUAUUCCACUCUACUCCUGUUCUAUUCCACUCUACUCCUGUUCUAUUCUACUCUAUUCCUGUUCUAUUCUUCUCUACUCCUGUUCUAUUCUACUCUACUCCUGUUCUACUCUUCUCUACUCCUGUUCUUUUCUAUUCCUGUUAUAUUAUACUCUAUUCCUGUUCUAUUCUACUCUACUCCUGUUCUAUUCUACUCUACUCCUGUUCUAUUCCACUCUACUCCUGUUCUAUUCUACUCUAUUCCUGUUCUAUUCUACUCUACUCCUGUUCUAUUCUACUCUACUCCUGUUCUAUUCUAUUCCUGUUCUAUUCUUCUCUACUCCUGUUGUACUCUACUCUAUCCCUGUUCUAUUCUACUCUACUCCUGUUCUAUUCUAUUACUGUUCUAUUAUACUCUACUCCUGUUCUAUUCUAUUCCUGUUCUACUCUACUCUACUCCUGUUCUAUUCUACUCUACUCCUGUUCAAUUCUACUCUACUCCUGUUCUAUUCUACUCUACUCCUGUUCUAUUCUACUCUACUCCUGUUCUAUUCUACUCUACUCCUGUUCUAUUCUACUCUACUCUUGUUCUAUUCCACUCUACUUCUGUUCUAUUCCACUCUACUCCCGUGUCUAUUCUACUCUACUCCUGUUCUAUUAUAUUCUGUUCUAUUUCUCUACUCCCGUUCUACUCACUCAUUCUGUUAUAUUCUACUCUACUCCUGUUCUAUUCUAUUCCUGUUCAUUCUAUCUACUCUGUUCUAUUCUAUUUCCCGUUCUACUCUACUCUACUUCUGUUCUAUUCUACUUACUCCUGUCUAUUCUAUUCCUGUUUAUUCUUCUCUAUCUGUUGUACUCUACUCUAUCCCUGUUCUAUUCUACUCUACCCCUGUUCUAUUCUAUUACUGUUCUUUAUACUCUACUCCUGUUCUAUUCUAUUCCUGUUCUACUUACUCUACUCCUGUUCUAUUCUACUCUACUCCUGUUCAAUUCUACUCUACUCCUGUUCUAUUCUACUCUACUCCUGUUUAUUCUACUCUACUCCUGUUCUUUUCUACUCUACUCCUGUUCUUUUUCUACUCUACUCUGUUCAUUCCACUCUACUUCUGUUCUAUUCCACUCUACUCCUGUUCUAUUCUACUCUACUCCUGUUCUAUUAUAUUCCUGUUCUAUUCUUCUCUACUCCUGUUCUACUCUACUCUAUUCCUGUUAUAUUCUACUCUACUCCUGUUCUAUUCUAUUCCUGUUCUAUUCUACUCUACUCCUGUUCUAUUCUAUUCCUGUUCUACUCUACUCUACUUCUGUUCUAUUCUAUUCCUGUUCUACUCUACUCUACCCCUGUUCUAUUAUACUCUACCCCUGUUCUAUUAUACUCUACUCCUGUUCUAUUCUACUCUACUCCUGUUCUAUUCUACUCUACUCCUGUUCUAUUAUACUCUACUCCUGUUCUAUUCCACUCUACUCCUGUUCUAUUCUACAAUAUUCAUGUUCUAUUCUACUCUACUUCUAUUCUAUUCUACUCUUGUUCUAUUCUACUCUACUCCUGUUCUAUUCUUCUCUACUCUGUUCUCCUCUACUCUUUUCAUGUUCUAUUCUACUCUACUCCUGUUCUAUUCUACUCUACUCUACUCUAUUCCUGUUAUAUUCUACUCUGCUGUACUCUACUCCUGUUCUAUUCUACUCUACUCCUGUUCUAUUCUACUCUACUCUACUCCUGUUAUAUUCUACUCUAUUCUACUCCUGUUCUAUUCUACUCUACUCCCGUUCUAUUCUACUCUACUCCUGUUCUAUUCUAUUCUACUCUACUCCUGUUCUAUUCUACUCUACUCUACUCCUGUUCUACUCUACUCUACUCCUGUUCUAUUCUACUCUACUCCUGUUCUAUUAUACUCUACUCCUGUUCUAUUAUAUUCUACUCAUUUUCUAUUCUAUUCUACUCCUGUUCUAUUCUACUCUACUCCUGUUCUAUUCUACUCCAUUCUGUCAUCCUCAGAACACUUAAUGCAUCAUGCCAGCGUUAUUGAAGUGAACUCUUGUCGUGUCCUACAGAAGGAUCCAGGCUUUGACAGAGGACAGUUCCACAAACAGAUAGCUGUGAUGAGAGGACAGGUGAGUUGGUGGGGGAAUACCUGGACAUCUGAACAGUGUCAGUAUUUGUCAUUGUGGUCAUACUGUUACACUGUGUAUGUGUAUGCUAUGUUAUGCUGAAGCUCUGUUUCUGUCAUGUUUCUCUGUGUGUGUGUAUGCUAUGUUAUGCUGAAGCUCUGUUUAUGUCAUGUUUCUCUGUAUGUGUAUGCUAUGUUAUGCUGAAGCUCUGUUUCUGUCAUGUUUCUCUCUGUGUGUGUAUGCUAUGUUAUGCUGAAGCUCUGUUUAUGUCAUGUUUCUCUGUAUGUGUAUGCUAUGUUAUGCUGAAGCUCUGUUUCUGUCAUGUUUCUCUCUGUGUGUGUAUGCUAUGUUAUGCUGAAGCUCUGUUUCUGUCACCAGAUCUUCAUUAUGUAAAUGUUUCUCUGUGUGUGUGUUGUGAGUGUUGUUUGUGUAAACCUAUGCUGAAGCUCUGUAUGUCUACCAACAGAUGCUGAACCUCAGCCAGGCCCUGAAGGAGAGUAAGAACCCCUUACACCUGGUCCAGAUGCCCCCAGUCACAGUGGAGACAGCCAGAGCACCACAGAGAGCCAACAGUGAGUCCUACACACAGAGCUUCCAGAGCAGGAAACCUUUCUUUACCUGGUGGUAGAGGAGAGGAGGAG